GCGGCGACGCGAGCCGGCGGGCGGCGGCGACGGCGUCAUGGGGCCCCUCCGGGAAAGCAAGAAGGAGCAGAAAGCACAGCAUCAUGAGAAGGAGAUUUCCCGAAGUCGGAUUCCUCGCUUGAUUCUUCGGCCUCAUCUCCCUCAGCAGCAGCACAAAGUAUCCCCAGCCUCCGAGUCUCCCUUCUCAGAGGAGGAGAGCAGAGAAUUCAAUCCCAGCAGCUCUGGGCGCUCAGCGAGGACCAUUAGCAGCAACAGCUUUUGCUCAGAUGACACAGGCUGUCCUAGUAGCCAGUCAGUGUCUCCUGUGAAGACGCCAUCAGACACUGGAAACAGUCCCAUUGGCUUUUGCCCUGGAAGUGAUGAAGACUUUACCAGAAAGAAAUGCACAAUUGCAAUGGUUGGUGAGGGAAACAGCCACAGCCAGACAUCUCGACAUAAGAAGGAAUCAAAGGCAGGCCUUGUAAAGCCAGGUAGUGAAGCCGAUUUUAGCUCCUCCAGCAGCACGGGCAGCAUUUCAGCCCCCGAGGUCCACAUGUCUACCACAGGAAGCAAGCGGUCCUCUUUUGCACGCAAUCGAGGUCCCCAUGGGCGGAGUAAUGGAGCUUCCUUGCAUAAAUCUGUCAACAGCCCACCGUCCCCUAGGGAAAAAGACCUUCUGUCCAUGCUGUGCAGGAAUCAGCUGAGCCCAGUUAACAUCCAUCCCAAUUAUGCACCUUCUUCCCCAAGUAGUAGCAACUCAGGUUCGUACAAAGGAAGUGACUGCAGCCCAGUGAUGAGGCGGUCUGGAAGGUACAUGUCUUGUGGAGAGAAUCAUGGUGUCAGACCCCCAAAUCCAGAACAGUACUUGACCCCUCUGCAGCAGAAGGAGGUCACAGUGAGACACCUGAAGACCAGGCUGAAGGAAUCAGAGCGCCGACUUCAUGAAAGGGAAACUGAGAUUGUAGAGCUCAAGUCCCAGCUGGCCCGGAUGAGGGAAGACUGGAUUGAAGAAGAGUGCCACAGGGUAGAGGCUCAGUUGGCUCUCAAAGAAGCCAGGAAGGAGAUCAAGCAGCUCAAACAGGUCAUUGAAACGAUGAGGAGCAACCUGGCUGAUAAAGACAAAGGCAUUCAGAAAUACUUUGUGGACAUAAACAUCCAAAACAAGAAGCUUGAGUCCCUGCUUCAGAGCAUGGAGAUGGCACACAAUGGUUCCCUGAGGGAUGAACUGUGUCUAGACUUCCCAUGUGAUUCCCCCAGGAAAAGUUUGCCCCUGGCCACCAAUUUGGGCAAGGUGGCAGAUGGCCUAUCUCCAGAAGAGCAAGUCACGGAGGAAGGGGCUGACAGUGAGCUGCUGAUAGGUGAUAGCUUGGCUGAUGGCACAGAUUUGUUGGAUGAGGUGGUGAUUGCUGCCACCCAAGAAUCUGGUGACCUAGAGCCUGUUCACUCUACUCCAAAGGCAAAAGUCUUGGAGGCCCUCCCUCUGGUGGUGGGGCAGGAGGAAGAGGUCAGUGUGGUGAUGGAGCAAGCUGUGCAGACCGAUGUGGUACCCUUCAGCCCGGCUGUCUCUGAGCUCAUUCAGAGUGUGCUCAAGCUCCGGGACUUCUGUCCCUCGAGCUCAGCAUCGCCUGAUGAGUCUGGGGCUGACUCAGAGACCUUCCCAGAGUCCAUCUCUCCCUUAAUGCUUGAUUUAACUCCAAGAAGUCCGAACUCAGCCAUUCUUCUGUCUCCCAUGGAGACUCUACCCAGCAAGGCAGCUAUGGAAGCCCGUGCAAACCGCCUCAUGAGAGAGCUGGAUUUCACCGCUUUUGCAGAAGAAAGGUUGGAUGGCAUCAACCCACUGUCUCAGGGGGGUGUCAUGAGGCAGUACUGGAGCAGCAGUUUCCUGGUGGAUCUGCUGGCUGUGGCUGCUCCCGUGGUGCCUACCGUCCUGUGGGCAUUCAGUACUCAGAGGGGUGGAAUAGAUCCCGUCUACAACUUCGGAGCCUUGCUCCGGGGUUGCUGCGUAGUGGCCCUGCAUUCACUCCGCCGCACCACCUUCCACAGCAAAACCUAAAUAGAAGUUGUUUCUCUGCCAGUGUGUUCUGUGUGACGUUGUGCCCGGUAGAGAAACACGAAGUCGAUCUGUGGCAGUCUCUAUUCCGUCGUGUUGCUCCUCGGUAUUUGAUUUGCACUAUAGUUAGUUGAAGCCUGUGUCACUGUUUAAAACCGGAGGUAUCUUCCAAGACAUGGAGACCUCAUUCCAGUAAACGUCCCACCAGUAUGGUAUAGAAAGCAUGCUAAUGACCCUGCCCUGUCGUCCGAGGUCCCCCGAUCUUAAUCUAGUGGUUCAGGAAGAGAGAAAUGCAGAUUUUGCACUUUCAAGACAGCUUCUCCAAGGCUGGCAUGUUAUCUCCUUGCUUUGCUUUGUGCCGUUUAAAAAAUGUGUAACUGUUCCAGAAUUCCCAAUGGUCUUGUGCAUAGCAGGGGACUGUAACCAAAAAUAAAAAUGUAUUUGCAUAAUUGGUUUGAAGAAGUCUUGAAUAGCUCUUUAGUGUCUUACUUGGGGUUGAUAAAGUUGAAGUGUUGGCAAUUUUUUUAAAACUAAGUGUAGCUGCAAAGUCUUAAAUGGCUUAAGUCUGUCCUUAAAUCUGUUGAUUGAUGAAGUUGUAUGUAAAUUUACAAUGUACUAACUUAUUUUUUGCUUAUUAUAUUAUAUAUAGUGUUUUAUUGGAAAUUGUUUGUAACCACACACAUCUGCAUGAUGAAAGUAAAGAUUAGUGUUUCCACUUAAAUAAAUGUUUUAUCCUCCU